GGUUGGAAAUAACCAUGUGCGCUUUGGAUUGGUAAAAUUUGCAAGCAGCGCAACCACAGUUUUCCGAUUACAUGACUAUAACACAAAAGCUGAUAUCGAAAAGGCAGUGAAUGCCCUCAUUAUGGAGGGAGGGGGCACCAGGACUGAUUUGGGGUUGAGAGAAAUGAUCCCGCUAUUCGAAGAAGCUGUACGAACACGUGGGGAAAAAGUUCGUAAGCUCCUGAUUGUCAUCACAGAUGGCGAGUCGAGAGGGACAGAAGAGUCGGUAGAAGUCCCUGCUAAACUUCUGAGAACAGAACAGAAUGUCACCAUUUAUGCUAUUGGUGUGAAAGAUGCAUCUGAGCCAGAGCUGGAAUUAAUAUCUGGCAGCCAACAAAGAACAUUUUAUGUCAAAAACUAUGAUUUCCUUGAUGAAAUCAAGAAAGACAUCAUUACAGAAAUAUGCUCCUUUGAAGGUUGUGAAGGUCUUUUUGCAGAUGUUGUCUUCCUGCUUGAUGGAUCAGAAAGCGUUAGUGCUAAGGACUUUGAAAAUAUGAAGGACAUAAUGAAGCUUGUGAUAGAUAGGUUUGUAAUUGGACCGGACAAGGAGCGUGUUGCAGUUGUUCAGUACGGCACAGACCCAAAGGAGGAGUUUUCCUUAAAUACAUUUGAUGAUAAAGCUGUAUUAUUACAGAAAAUUAGAAAUAUUGAACAGAUGAAUGGAAAAAUGUACACUGGAAAAGCACUUAAAGAAGUAUUACAAUCUUUCAACAUUUCUAAAGGAGGACGCGCCAGUGCUUUAAAGUUCUUGAUACUUCUUACAGAUGGAGAGAGUAGGGAUGAUGUAUCUGAGCCUGCUAAAGUCUUGAGAGACAAUUUCAUCAACAUUAAUGCUAUUGGUAUGAGACAUGCAAACAAAUCUCAGAUUCUUGCCAUUGCUGGAUCCCAUGAUGGAGUGUUCUUUGAAGACGCAGUUGCAUCCCCAAAAGAAUUAAGCAAUGACAUCCUUCUAAAGAUCUGCAACACAGAAUGCAAGACACCAGAAUUGAUCGAUAUAAUCUUCCUUAUGGAUGCCUCCGGAAGUCCAAAUAAAGAUGGUUUCCAGGAAAUGAUAAACUUAAUGAAAUAUACGGUGAGCAAAUCUGUGGUUGGAGAAAAACGGGUACGAUUUGGAGCUGUCACCUACUCUAAUAACCCUCAUUCAGAGUUCACACUAAAACAGUACUACAGUCAAACUGAUAUUCUGAGGGUUAUCUCAAACCUCAAAACUUCAGGAGGAAGCAGAAACACGGUCCGAGCCCUGAACUAUACACUCUCCUACUUUGGUGGAACACAUGGUGGACGACGGGCAAAGAAUGUUCCCCAAGUGCUAUUUCUGAUUACAGACGGCAAGGUUAAUGACUUAAGUGGUCUGGCAACAUGGCUUGAAUCCCUGGCAAAUUCAGAGGUCAACUUUUUUGCUAUUGGUACUGAAGAUGCAGAUGCAGAACAGCUAAAGGAGAUGGUGGGAAAGAAAGGAACAGUGCACUAUGCAAAGACCUACCAGGAUCUGCGUGGACUACAAAAACGGAUCACCCAAGAGCUCUGCGAUCUUACCAAACCAAUUUGUGAGAUGGAGGUAUCAGACCUUGUUUUUUUAAUUGAUGGAUCAGAGUCUAUUGACGAACCAAGUUGGAAUACUCUCAAAAAAACCAUGAUUGGCAUUGUGAGAGAGCUGGAUAUUGCUCAAGACAAAUGGCGAGUGGGUGUUGCCCAGUUCAGCGAUAUACUCCUGCAUCACUUUUACCUGAACACAUACACUAGUUUUGCAGAAGUGGAGGAAGCUAUAAACAAAAUUAGACAACGAAAGCAGGGUACAAGUACUUGGGACGCACUGAGAAAUAUUAGAUACUACUUCACAAGAGAGAAUGGAUCCAGAAUAGAUGAAAGAGUCGCUCAGAAUCUCCUGCUGAUCACAGAUGGAAAAGCUAAUGAUGAGAAAGACUUGAACGCAUUAGCGUAUCUCAGAAACAAGAACAUAACAAUAACUGCCAUUGGGAUUGGCGAUGAAAUAAAGAAAUCUGAACUGCGUGAAAUAGCUGGAUCAGCUGAUCGGGUCCUUAUUGAGACUUUUGAAGGCCUUGAACUGAAGACAACUAUAAGGAAAGUGUUAAAUUUACUCUGUACAGACACAAGACCAAUACCACAACCCCCAUAUGACUGUGAUAUUGACAUUGCCUUUGGGUUUGACGUGUCCAGACGAACAAGCACGCAAACUCUGUUCAGACCUCAGGUGGAACCGUUGGUUUCUGCAGCCAUCCACCAUAUCUCCAUGAUGGGUGAUCUGUGCUGCAUCAAAAAGGGCAAGAUUACAACUAGAUUUGGCUAUAGGCUAGAUAGGAGUGUUCUGAAUGAUUUUGGCUUUGAGAAGUACAGCGAGGAUGUGGUCAAGAAAGUGAUGUCAUUUCAACCUACGGCACCCCUGUCCUUCAACGGGGUUCUGUUAGAUUCCUUCAGAGAACUGUUAGCCUCCUCCAAAGCCAAGGCAAAGGUUUUGAUAAUCUUCACAGAUGGGUUGGAUGAUAACAUUAAGCAUUUAAUGGCGAGUUCAGAGAGACUUAAGCAAAGUGUGGAAACAGUAGCGCUGAGGAAAUGCUGUGAUGUGCCUUGUUCGUGCACCGGUGUACCUGGACCACGAGGACACCCUGAAAGCUCGGGUCAAAAGGGAUAUAAAGGUCAGAAGGGUCAUCCUGGAUUUCCGGGAGAUGAAGGUAGUAUGGGAGAGCGAGGACCACCAGGGCUGAAUGGAACUCAGGGACACAACGGUUGCCCUGGAAACAGAGGCAUAAAGGGCCAGAGAGGCUACACUGGAAAUAAAGGAGAAGAUGGGGAGGAUGGGCUGGAUGGAGUGGAUGGAGAACAGGGUGAUGCUGGCCUAAAUGGGCUUCCAGGACCUAAAGGAGACCCAGGCAGUGCUGGUGUGAAGGGUUUCAGAGGCAGUCCUGGACCUAAGGGACACAGCGGAGUGAGAGGAGAUCCUGGUGCACCAGGAAUAGACAACACAAUUCCAGGUCCAAAAGGCGAGAGGGGAGAUACUGGGCUCCCGGGUGACCAGGGCACUGUUGGACCCCCAGGCAGCCCUGGAGAUAACAGUGAUCCUGGUGCUCCAGGAAGAAAAGGCCGACCAGGAUUGCCGGGUGAAUCUUCAGGUGAAAAAGGAGAAGCUGGACAGCUAGGGCUUCCUGGUUAUCCUGGACAAGUGGGACCACCAGGCUCAAAAGGGUUCCAAGGAGACAAUGGUCCUCCGGGUGCACCUGGAAUUCAGGGUCCCUUUGGCCCACCUGGACCUGAAGGUUCAAAGGGAGGUCGAGGAUCCAGAGGGCCAAGGGGUCCACCGGGUGACCCAGGGCCCAAGGGAACACUGGGACCAGAGGGAUUCAAAGGGCCUCUGGGACAAGAUGGAAGAGACGGGUAUGGACCUGCAGGGCUCAAAGGACACAAGGGAAACAUUGGAUACUUUGGCCUCCCUGGUUUGCAGGGUGAGGAUGGUACCAAAGGAUCCAGUGGAAGUAAAGGACAUAAAGGUUAUCGAGGAAAACCGGGAAACACUGGUCUCCGAGGUCCUCCAGGUGCUCCAGGAGAGAAUGGGAUGGACGGACACAGGGGUGAAAAAGGAGCUCCUGGAAUCAGUCCAAUGCCUGAAUGUGACCUGGUCGAACACAUACGCAAAAACUGUCCUUGCUGCUCCGGUAAUGGUACCCGGUGUCCAGUUUACCCCACAGACCUGGUGAUAGCAUUGGACAUGUCUGCGGGUGUGACUCCUCAAGUGUUCGAGCGGAUGAGUUCUGCGGCCCAAUCUUUAUUGGAAGACAUUUCCAUUGCUGAAACAAAUUGUCCAUGGGGAGCUCGAGUGUCUGUGAUCUCCUACAGCAGCGAGUCCAGGAACCUGAUCCGUUUCGCAGACCACCCUAAGAAGAAGAGCCUUCUGGAAGCUGUAAGAACAUUCGCGCUAGAGAGAACCACAAAAACUAGAGACAUCGGACAAGCCAUGAGCUUUGUGGCCCGGAACAUCUUCAAACGUGUCCGAAAGGGCAGGCUUAUGAGGAAAGUGGCCGUGUUCUUCACAAACGGGCCGUCGAGGGAUGAAUCGAGCCUUGCAACAGCCAUGCUGGAGUUCAAGGCUGCAGAUAUUGGCCUCGGAGUGAUCGCCUUCAAUCCUGCUGAUGAUGUGAGCCGAGCAAUGCAGGUUGAUGACACAGGAAGCUACAUUAUCGUUGAUGGCAGAGGAGUAAAUCGCAUUAAACAGUGCAUCAUUUGUUUUGAUCGUUGUAACCCAGACCCAGUGUGCGGUGUAAUCCGGCCUCCACCCCUGCAGAUGGAUUUGGACAUGUCUGUGCUGCUGGAUGGGUCUGAUAACCUGAACACUCAACAGUAUGUAAACACGAAGGAGCUCCUGCUGUCUCUGUUGGACCGGAUCGGUGUGAGCAGCGAGCCGAGCAGAGCCGACGGAAAAACCAGAGUGUCCGUCUACCAGCAGAGCUCCGUUUACGGCUCAUCUUACAUCAGCGAGGAGUUCAGCUUCACCACAUUUAAAGAUCGCAAUAUCAUGAAGAGGCAUAUUACUAAUACAGUGAAGCAAGUGGGCGGGACAUCCCAUCCUGAGUUUGCUUUGGAGAGGCUGAUUACUAACAUUAUCCUUAAAGCAGAAAGACCACGAAGCAAACGAAUGGUCAUGGCUGUUUUUGGUGAAGAUUCGGAGCACAGCAAAGCUCAGCUUGAUUAUUUGUCUAGACUGUGUAAGUGUCAGAAUGUUGUGAUGUUUAUCCUCAUGGCGGGACAGAGAUUCGACUGGACACAGAUGGAGGAGCUCACCAGUUCUCCUCUGGAGCAGCACCUGGUGUUCCUGGAUGACAGAGAUUAUGGCACACGCUUCGCUUACGCCUUCCUGCAUAUGCUCCACAAUAUUCUGCCCACUGAAGCGCCCACCGAAGAGCCCUUCACAACAGAGGAACCUCUGGAGGAAUAUGAAGAUGUUUAUGAUCAGCAAAACACAGAACCAAUCACUGAACCCAGUCAACUUGAUGACACUGAACAAUUUACAGAAGAGCACAAAGAGGACAAAACGGAGCCCUCAAAGACUAAAGCACGAUGCUUCCUUGAGAAAGAUUCAGGCGGUGCUUGUGGAUCGUAUAUGUCCAGAUGGUAUUACAGCCAGCAGACUAAGAAAUGCAUGCACUUCUGGUACGGUGGUUGUGGCGGAAAUGAAAACCGAUUCUUGACAGAGGAUGAGUGCUUUAGGGAAUGUGUGUCUACAGGCCAUUUACCUGUAAAGAGUUUUGAGAUUGUUCAAACUUCCUCCACAGAAUCUGAAAAUCCUCCAAAGGAUGAUUCCAGUAUCAAGGACAUUUGCCAGCUCAAACUCGAUGCAGGAUCUUGCUCAAACUUUUCAGUGAAAUGGUACUUCAACGUCCGCAGUGGUGGAUGUGUCCAGUUCUGGUACGGAGGCUGUGACGGGAACAGCAACAGGUUCGACACUCAGGAGGACUGCGAGAUUCGCUGUCUCAGGGCCAAAAAAGUAUCUCCAAACAUCUAAACUGUGAUAUCUAAUGAAUUUUAACUGCUUAAUUCUUUCAUGGUCAUGAUCAUAUUCAUGAUCAUAUUCUCAUCACGAUUGUCAAAUGGCAGCCAUAGAAGCAGUUUUAGCUAUAUGUAUUUGUAUAUUUAGCUAAAUGUAAAUGUAUAUUUAGCUAAAUUUGAGUGUAGGAAAGAUUUGAUUACAAGAGCAGAAUUUUUAAAGGUGAAGUUUAUAAUGAUGUGUCAUUAGUUGCACCAGAAAGAACUGCAAAAAUAAUGAUUCACUUUCAGUAAUUUCAGCCAUCGCUCGGUUAAACUCAUGCCACUUUCUGAGAUAAUGUUGUUAGACAGCUUAAACGUACAGAUUGCAAUUCUGUUUGGUGCCAUUAGCAGUGCAGAAAAAAACAUUGCUCACAUUUAAUUUAAAACGUAAUUUUGGAUUUUUGUUUAAAUCACCUUUAUAAAACCUCAAUUUCACAAAAUUCCUUGAGUGAAUUAGAUUUUUUUUUUUAAAUGCACAUUGUCAUCAAGACGACUGUU